AUGUCAGACUCUAUACACGAAAGUGAAGAUGGAAUGGCGGUGGAUGAUAUCGAAGACAGUAACGAUUCUUAUGACGAAGAAGAUCAAUCACAUAACGAGGAUGAAGCAGGUGAAUCAUCCGGAGUCACUAGUAAACUACCUAGACAAGUGUAUUUACCCGGUCAUCAGAUGAAUGAAGAUGAAUCAUUGGUGUUCGAUCCUUCUGCAUACCAUAUGUUGCACGAUAUUGAUUCUGGUACGUUUGUAUGUCUAAUAAAUUGAUUAAAAUAUCUAGUCUAAAUUCUCAUUCACAUUUAGGUUUACCGUGUUUGAGUUUUGAUAUAAUCGCUGAUGAUUUGGGUUGUAACCGUAGUGAAUUUCCGCAUUCAAUGUAUUUGGUAGCUGGAAGUCAAGCAGAAAAACCCAAAGAUAAUUGUGUUAUUGUUAUGAAGGUACAAAGUAUAUUAAAUUUAGGUAUUUAGCAUAUUAUGUUGUAAAACUACCUAUUUUAUUAGAAAUUUCAAUUUAUUUUAGUUAUCAAAUUUAAAUGCCAUAAAAAAUGAAGAUAGUUCAUCAUCAGACGAUUCAGAUGUGGAAUCUGACAGUAGUGAUGAAGAAUCAAAUGACCAACCUGUGUUACAGAUAUCGUCAAUUCCUCAUUAUGGCACUAUUAACCGAAUUAGAGUAAAAUAACUUAAAUAUAAAUUAAUCAAAAAAAUUAGUACAUAAGUUUAAAAAUAUUCAUGACAACACAUAUAAUAAAAUAAUAAAGUUGAAGUUUUAAAAUAGAUAAAUUUUCUCUGACAUAAUCCUGAUUACACCAUCAUAAAAAACCACGUCUUGUAUAAACUUCAUACAAUGGAUGGACCACUGAUUCAAUUGAGAAGUUGGGAAGGUAGAGGGGAAAUUUAAUCUGUAUUUCUAUGCAAAGAUAAAUCAUUGUUAACGAAAAACUAUUCUGAGCAGAGUUCAGUUAUACAUGUUUUGAGAAGCUGUAAUAAUUACGAUCUGUAAACAAUACAUUUUGUAAAUUUUCCUGUUUUCAUUGUGAAAAUCAAAAAUUCACCUCCAUAAACUACCACGUCAGAAAAAGUGAUACACUUCAAAAUCAGAAGAAGGUUACAGCUAGAAAGGUUGUUCACAGAUAAAAAAAAUAAACAUAAUUUUAAAACCAAUACAAUCCUCGCUACGCUCAGAAUCUAAUAGUGCGCCAAUUUUAUCAUAACUUUUAAAUUCAGCGACUUAAAGCACAUUUAAAAAAAUGCCUGGUAAAGUAGAGUUAUACAGAGUGGUUUUUUUUAUCAUGAAUAAGCAAUUUUCUCAGAGGAUUUUAAGUGAAUUUUAUUUCUAAAACAUGUAACCAUUGUGGAAUCAUUUAAACUUAAUUUUAAAACAAUUUUUAAUUUUCAUCCAUAUUUCAUAGACCUUUAAUAUGUAUAUACUUUUGUUAUACAAAUAGGAACCUACCUUUUUAAACACGGGUUUGAACAAAGAAUAUUUUUCCAGAAAUUUUGAUAGGCAUAAAACUAAUAUCAGAUUUACUAUUUAAAGUUUAGAUCGGAGAAGUAAGAAAGGGUAAUAAAUUAUUUAUCUCUUUUUAAUUGAUAACUCUUCUCUAUUCCUCCAGUCUAAACUUUAAAUGGUUAUAACUCACAAACAGUAAUUCUGAUAUUAGUAUUAUGCAUAUCAAAAUGUCUAGAAAAAUUCAUUCAAAUCUGUGUUUUUAAAAUAAAGUUUUAAAGAUUUCACAAUGAUUAAAAAAAAACAUCCUGUAUAACUGAUAAUAAUUAUAUGUUAUAUCACUAAAAAUUAAUUUAUUCAAAAUAUAAUAAUGCAAUGAAAAUUUGUUGUGAGGUGCAUACAACGUGAAUAUUAAGUACUUGCCAUAAAAUAUUAACGUUUUUUAAAUGUUUAUAGAGUACUACAGUUGAAGAUAAAAUAUUUGGAGCUGUGUGGUCAGAAAAAGGAAUUGUAAAUAUUUACGAUUUAAAUAGCAAACUGAAAGAAGUUGAAAAAGCAAAAAGGAAUCGUAAAAUUGGAAAUGUAGAAAAGAAUAAGAAAUAUGGUAAAAAUGCUCCUAAGAGAUUAAUAUCUGAACAUAAACCAUUGCAAUCAUUUUCUGGACAUAGAGAUGAAGGUUUUGCUUUAGACUGGUCUUCUAAGUCUCCUGGUAUUCAUUAUUUACACUCAACCUAUAACACGUUUUAUAAAUAAUAAUAAAUUCAUCAUUUGAUCACUAUAUAUUUUUAGGAUACUUAGCUAGUGGUGAUUGUAAAGGAAACAUUCACACAUGGAAACCAAAUGAAAGUGGUUGGGUUGUAAAUUUACGUUCAUUGAAUGGUCAUAAAGAAUCUGUUGAAGAUUUACAGUGGUCUCCUAGUGAAACUAAUAUCCUUGCUUCUUGUUCUGUAGAUAAGUCGUAAGUAAAUAUUAUAUAAUAUGUUAUAUUUCAAAUAUUUGUAUAGCUUAAUUGUUUUAUAUUUUUUUAGUCUUAGAAUAUGGGAUACUCGAUUAGCACCAAAUAAAGCUAAUAUGUUAACAAUUGAUGAUGCUCAUGAUAGUGAUAUUAAUGUAAUAAAUUGGAAUAAAAAAGAACCAUUGAUUGUUUCUGGUGGCGACGAUGGAAAACUUAUGAUUUGGGACUUGAGACAAUUUAAAGUACAUAUUAAGUUACUUUUUAUAAUAUAAAAUGUAUGUUUAAAAAUGUAAUUCUAAUAAAUAAUCAUUAAAAUAGAAAGGUAAUGAAUUGGCUGUAUUCAAGCACCACACCAGUGCUAUUACAACAGUUGAGUGGAGUCCAGAAGAUAGUUCUGUAUUUGCUUCUGGUGGUGAUGAUGAUCAAAUAGCAAUUUGGGAUUUGGCUGUCGAAAGAGAUACUAAUAGUCAUGAUGACAUAAAAGUAUAAAUUUAAAAUAUUUAUAUUUCUUCAUAAUUAAUCCCUUUAAAAUUAAAUAAAUUAUAUAACAGUACUAUGACCAGAAUUUUUUUCAUAGAGGUCUUCAAUUUUUGAUGGUCAAUAAAUCAUGUUUGCAAUGCACUGUUGGUAAUAAAUUAGGUUAGGUAAAGCAAUAUGAUUCACCAAAAAGCAACAAAUUCACAUCUUGUAACUUUCAGAAAACCCAUCAUAGAGACAACUUCAAAAAUAUUUUUCUCACACACAUUUGUUCUUAAAAAUUGUAUACUAAUAGGCCUUAAAAAUAAAAUAAAACAGAGUUUGUUUACAUAUAAUCUAAUAGAUAUUAAAGAUUUAUUUUAAUGAAUAUCAUUCAAGCUUUUAAAAAUGUCUGUGACAAUAACUAAAUCAUCUGAAUUUCAAAGACUAAUAACUGAUAAUUUUACGUUAACUAAGUAGAGGGACUCCCCCACUUUAUCCAUUGUUCUCUGUAUCCAGGGCAGUAGUGAUAUGCAUUAUUGUAUCAAAUAUUUCAUUAAACUAUAUUUUCAAUUCACUUAAACAAAUUAUAGUCUUGUAACAUUUAGGGGAAGAGGGGACUUGAACCCUGAAGCCCACAACUUGUCUACAGCACCAUUAUAAUUUACAUAUUUAUUUUAUGCAAUAUAUUAAGUAUACAAUUAAUUUAUUUAGGAAAUACCACCUCAACUCUUAUUCAUUCAUCAAGGACAAGAACAUAUCAAAGAGCUCCAUUGGCAUCCGCAAAUUACUGGGGCUCUAAUAAGUACUGCACAAACAGGUUUCAAUGUUUUUAGAACUAUAAGUGUAUAA